CCCUAGUCUGCAAGUCGCGUUUGUCCCAACAGGAGGAGCGCACCACAUUCUUGUGUGUGCAAGUAUGGAUAAGUAUACAGUUUGUGCAUUGGUUUUAGCACUCGGUGCAUUUCUGCAAUUUAAUACAGCUGACACUCAGGAUUCUCCAAGUAAUUUAACAGCGAUUCUCCCGAAACCGGGCCAAUGCCCUCGCCUUCUUAAAGUUGUGCCAUCACAUAAAGGGUGUGCGUGUGAUGACGACUGUCCCGAGGACCACAAGUGUUGCGUCUUUGACUGUGGAACUGUCUGCGUCCCCCCUUCUUUCAAAAAGCCAGGAGUGUGUCCUCGUAGAAACUGGGGCUCUGGGAUGUGUGCCGAGUUUUGCUCUGACGAUAGUGACUGUCCCAAUGAGGAGAAAUGCUGCCACAACGGAUGCGGACAUGAGUGCGUUGCACCUUACAAAGUGAAGCCAGGUCGCUGCGCUCUGCCUCAAGGAACUCCCAUGUGUGCAGAAUACUGCUACCAUGACGGUCAGUGUCCAGGGGUGCAAAAAUGCUGCCGGACAACCUGUGGUCAUGCCUGCAGUGAGCCAUGUUGAAUGCACAACAAUUAACUUCAUGAUAAAAAUGCAGAUGGAGCCCGGAGAAUGGGCGUUUUAUUAUUUUAGUUUUUUUUUUUCUUCAAAAUAUGUUGAGGUAGGUCCUUAGAUAACCAGCCACCCUACAUAGAAAAUAUGGUUAUAAAGAUAAUUCACAUUUUGACAUUUCAUUCUCAUCAUUUCUUAUCUGAUAUUUGAAAAAUAAUGAAUAAAUCUGUUAUGAGAAAU